GCAAUCAGCAACGCAGGUUUCAACGCGCCCCGUAACUAGGGAAGCUAUCGGCAAAUGUCGGCGACCUUCGGCAAACAAACUUUGAGGUUGUCGAGUUUAUAGAGUCGUAUUGUGUUGUCGUUACUGGGAUUUAAUAUGUGGUCGUUCCGAGUUUAGGCUGAGACACACACCAGGUCUGACUAUGGCGACAACACUCAGCCAGUCCGGCGUGGAGGCUGACACGUCACGCCCACCAAGCGGAAAGAGCUCACUGGGGAUAGUCCAGUUCGGUUUCCACGCCAAAACAAGCUUUGACGCAGAUGACGCGUUGCUCCAAACUAGAAGCGAAAAGUUAAAAGUUAAAAAGAACACCAAAGACGAUGAUAUAUGGAGGAAGCCACCCCCUGACUUCAGGGUGGCUGUGUAUGACCCUAGGCCCCCAAAACGCAACACCAUCGACUCCAUGCAGCCCUGGCGGUACGGAACCAUCCCGGGAGAGCGGACAAGGGUUAAGAGGGAGCGGGCAUCGUUACUGCCGGUCAUCUUUCGUGACAAUGGCCAAAAGGAGGCAAAGUUCGUGACGAGAUUCCAUAUACCCCGGCCCUUCACCGCUAAGAAACAGUUCGUGAAAGACGGGAUGUACCCAGCAAAAGAGUACGAGACGCCGCAGAGGCACGACUUCAGACGAUAUCCGCCAAUCAAAAGCCUCGGAUUGCCAGAGUUCUUGACAGACCACGAGAAGGAUCCCUAUGACAUCCGGUUCAACACUGAUCACCUCAAUACAAUACACGGCUUGACUCUGGGCUGCGUGGAACGCGACCUCGUGAACGACCGCCAGAUGGCGCCAGCGAUGCCGUCACAGCCAAAAUACGAAUCUGAACUCGUCUUGUCCAGGGACCCCUGGCCUACCAAGAGCGGAGCUUACACGCGUCACCGUCGACGUAACCGCCAGGCAUACAGCGCCUUCAUGGAGCGCGUGGAGACGGAGUUGGUCACGCAGUGGGCACGUGAGAAGCUGGAGAAGGUUUUGCAGGAAUACGAGGAAAGACGCCAGACCGUUAAAGAGUCUUAGCAUCACCUAGGGGAACUUCAUUCUUGUGGUCCUCGCCUCAACAGGGAAGUCAGUGUAUAUACCGAUCUUCUACAUUGGCAACACGUUUGACACGGUCCCAUUAACAGCCAGGCUUCACCAGCGGACCAAAACCUUUGGAUGCACAUAACUUAAAAUGAAUGCAAAUAUUCGAGAAGCAAUAUACGUUUUGGAGUUGUGCUACGUUUGUUGAAAACAUGUCACUAAACGAUGUAGGUUUGUUUUUGUACGGUUACAUGACGCGGAUGCUUCAAUGCCCACCCCUGCAUCCACAAACACCACCCCCAACCCUACCCUCCCCACCCACCACACUGGUUGUGAUUUCAUAUAAGGUACAAUCUGAUAUCUCCAUACACAUGGUAUCAUUACCAUGGAUGGUCGUGUUGCUCAACAAUGGCACAACUUGCUCGUUUUACAGCAAGACCAGGAUGUGGGUUACGUUCCCAUAAAAUCAAUGUAUUACAACCGUCGUCAGUACAGGGUUAUCGGACCCUCUUUCAAGACAUUGAGAGACAAUAACAUAAAUCAUUGAGCUACUUAGCAUUUCAAAUUUCAAAUUACAAGUCAAGAUAAAGUAAGUGUUAUAUGCAUAUUGUGUCGGUACCUAAACCUACUAGGCGUUAAUGCUUUACAGACAUCGACAUUCAGUAUAUACGUAGGCGGCUUUUGUCUAGAUAUCGGAACUUAUGUUAUACCACUCAACUUUUGUUGGGAUAUCGAAAUAAUGAACCCACGAAGAUCCGGGAUAGAAUAGGUCUUCAGCAACCCAUGCUUGUCGUAAGAGGCGACUAUUUUUUAUCACUUUCGAUGAAGUUUAUUUGUCGUUCAUUUUUUCUUGCAAAUAUUGUCUCUAAUGGGUCUAUACUUAAACAAAAAAGUCACCCUAUCCUGCUUGACCCGUGAAGAUCCGGGAUAGAAUAGGUCUUCAGCAACCCAUGCUUGUCGUAAGAGGCGACUAACGGGAUCGAAUGGUCAGGCUCGCUGACUUGGUUGAUGCAUGUCAUUGAUGAUCCCAAUU